AUGUUUAAACAAUCAUCGUUGAAAUCCUUGUACAUUUCAUCUUGUUGGAUGAAAAUUCCGAAAGCCUUUGCAAAUCACCAUGCUCCAAUAGUUACUUCAAUCAAUAACAAUCGUGAUUGUUUUACUACUAACGAAUUUUCUCAUCAAUGGGAGAGAAGAUUCUAUGCAACCAUCAUGAAUAAGAGUGUUCAAGUGAGUAAACCAAAGGCAGAGGCCAAGAACAAAUCAAACUUUGCCAAAUCUCAAGAAAAAAUCAAAAAACAAAAGGUACAACAAGUUCAACAAAGAAAUGAAAAGGAUUACAUUUCGGAUAAAACUCAAUUGGAAAAAACACUCAAAAUACAAGAAUUAAUUGGAAAAUAUGCUACUUUGAAAGGAAAGAGUGAAUUAUCGGAACAAGAUGAAAAAUUGCAAAUUGAAUUUUUAAGAAAAAUAGUUCAAUAUCCUAAUUUUAUAUUUAUGAACAUGUUGGAAGCUGGAAGCUCAAUGGAUCCUUCAAUUUUAGGAAAUGUAAAUAUAUUCUCGAGUAAGCUUAAAUAUGAUCAAUAUCUGGAAAGAUUUGAGUCAAAAUUACUCAAAAAGGAAUAUGCAAGUGUAAAAGUGUCAAGUGCACCAAAUAUUGCUCAAAUAUUGGCUGCCACCUCAUCCACAUCAAGUAUUGAUGUCUUGACUGCCACCAUUGAUGACACUAUCAAGUUAUCGCCACCGGAACUGAGAGAAAUUAUGGAUUGGACUUCAAUUGUUUGGUCAGAGCUGUUAUAUUCAGUACUGAUAAAAUCUAUAAAGGAGCAAAAUCAAACAGCUGGUGAGCUUAAAGAUUUGGAUAUUCAAUUGCAAAAUGUUUCACAUGAUUUGAAACAAAAUAAGGGCUCAUACCUAGCCAUGCAAAAUAAGUACCAAAAGCUCAUUGAUGAAAAAGUUAAACUCUUGCAAUCUCAAGAAUCUAAAUCAGAGGGAUACAAAUCCAGACUCUAUCUCACUGAAAAGAUCUAUGUUGCCCAGAGGGAUAAUGAAAGUUUGAGUGAGGUCGAUAAAUUUGCUGUCCCAUCUCGAAAGGAUCCAUCUAAGAAGAUUGUUCACAUUUAUUCAGCUCCAGAUGUAGCUGCAUUGGAAAUUCACAACUUUAUGAAAACAGCCAAAGACAACUCUGUCAGUAUUGCUGUUGUUUCUGGAAGUGAAUUAUUUGAAUUUCUGGUGAGAAAUAAGAUUGAUUUAUUGAGGAUUUCAUUCUUGGGCAAUUAUGAUGAUCUUAUCACUCAUAAAUUGAACUUGGAGGAAAUUGAAGAAAUUGCAGAUAUUGGUAGAAGGGAAGCACAAAAGAGACAAACAGAUAAUGAGAACAAUCAACAAGAAGAAAAGGAACCAAAGCAAGAAUAA